UCCAACCUUCCUUCCACAACAUCCACCAAAAAUAUCAACAACCACUUUGUCCUCUUUUGACAUCUUCUUCCAUCAUUGAUCUACCUUCUUCAUCAUCAAUUGGUCAUCAUUACCAUCAUCAUCAGCAGCUGCCUGCCAUCAUGCACACAUCAGCUCUUCAGCGCGCGCGCCAAGUUUCCAUCACACGCAAAACAACAACUGCUUCUCAGCAUGCGCGCCUCAAUUCCUCGCCGCACACAACGACUUGCCAUCUCGCGCANCAUCGACUUUCAUCAUCGACUUUCAUCAUCGACUUUCAUCAUCGACUUUCAUCAUCGACUUUCAUCAUCGACUUUCAUCAUCGACUUUCAUCAUCAACCUUCAUCACAUACCUUGGUCAUACAUCAUCACCUCUUUUGGUCUUCACUUACCUUGGUCAACUACCUUCACCUAUCUUGAUCAACUUUCAUCAACAUCAAGACAUCUUUCAAAGAUCUUUUGCAUUACAUCAAGACACUUGUCAGGCUCUCACUGGACAUCUCUCCAAGUUUGAAAUCCUUCUUGCCUUUUGACAGCCAGCCAGCUCUCAGCACUCGACAUCUGGGAUAGCACCUCCUUUUCGCUCCAACUGCACUUACUCAAAAACAUUUUGGCACUUCUCCUUUCGCCAAAGCCGACUUUUUCGCCAACUUGCACC